UCCCUUUAAAUACAUAUGCAGAAGGAUACAAGGCAUGAUCAACCUUACCAAGCCUCACUUCCCCUGAUUUCUGCCAGAGCAGAAAAUUCUACAGCAGAAGCUGUUCCAACUAGAGCUAGAAGUGAAUUUUACCACUACUUAUCAGCCAUGAAAACCUCCCUUCAGCAACAUGUAAUUGGAGUUCCAAUUAGCUCAGCAGCAUUCCUAUUUGAGAGGUCUACAACUAGAUACUUACCUGAUCUUUCUGGCCAAUACAAUCUUCCAUCUCAUAAACAUGGGUCUCCUUCAUGCAAACAGAGUAGAGUACGUUCAAUUCUUAGUAGGAUGAACAAGCUUGGGAAAAAAGCAGACAGGUUUACGCAUGGAGUCAGAGAGCAUGUCCGGCUGGCACCCAAAAUCACUGAAAGUUUGAAGGGGAAGUUGAGCUUGGGGGCUAGAAUUCUUCAAGUAGGUGGGAUGGAGAAAGUCUUCAAGCAGUUAUUUGAUGUUAGAGAAGGAGAGAAACUGUUUAAGGCUUCUCAAUGCUACUUGUCAACCACAACCGGCCCUAUAGCAGGUCUCCUCUUCAUCUCCACAGACAAGAUUGCUUUUUGCAGUGAGAAACCCAUCAAAAUCUCUUGCCCAAGUGGAGAAUUCAGCAGAAUACAUUACAAGGUCUUGAUCCCACUAAGAAAGAUAAAGACAGUCAACCAAAGUGAGAAUGUGAAGAAGCCUUCGCAGAAGUACAUAGAUAUAGUUACCGUAGAUAAUUUCGAGUUUUGGUUUAUGGGUUUCAUAGAUUAUCAGAGAGCUUUCAAAUAUCUUCAGCAAGUAAUCACUCAAUAGUGAUUGGAGAAUACGUGUCUUCCCUCUGCUUCAUCUGAUGUGUUUUGUUAUUUAAAUAAGCAUGAUACAGUUUUGGACGGUGUAUAUAUUUCUAGUGAUGAACAAUGUUAAUAUACAUUCUGCAGCGGUUAUUGCUUAAA